GUGUGCAGUACAUGACGCUUUCCUGCUGCCGUGCAGGGGUCUGUUUCCGUUCUCUCCAGCUGAGCAGCAAGAGCAGCAGCAGGAGCAGCAGCCUGAAAAUCCCCCUUCCCUUUCCCAAGGCUCCAUCGCCGGGAGGGUGGAAGGAUGUUUGCAGUGUGCCAGCCAGAUGUCCCCCUGAACGCUCCGUUCCAUGACGGCAAGCGGGACGCGACACUGGGCACGGCCUUCCUCGCUGAACGGGAGCUCAGGCAGGACAAGAAUUUCAACUUUGUGGUGGAAGGGUAUGACAGCAACGAGAACUGGAGCCAGGCGGUGCUUGGGACCCCGAUGGAGGGGGGCUCUGGCCAGAUAGAAAACACAACAAAUCCAGCCGAUAAUCUGGUGUUAUUAGUGCAGAGACAGACAGCUCAGGGCAGGCUUAGGGAUGCUCCCCGAGGGCUGAAGUCAGACGAGCUGGGCCUCUCUGAGGAGGAUGUGUGCAGCCCCUCCAAGGGAGCCGAGCUCAGCGGUGCAGAGAAGGAGAAAACGGCUACCGAGGACACGGCCGAAGAGUGUGGGAGAUUGGCUGGCUCCCCCUUAGAGGACAAUGGCUAUGCCAGCAGCUCCCUCAGCAUCGACAGCCCCGACAGCAGCACCGGCAACGCCUGGGAGGCACCCGCUGCUGCCACCAAAGACCCAAGGAACCAGCCACCGCCUCCGGGGCCCGACGCUGAUCCCGAAAACUCCUCCGACUCAGACACUGUCUUCCCGGUGCUGGCCGAGGCCUUCCAGAACCUCCAGGACAAGAUGAGAUUCAAGGAGCGGGAGAAGGAGAAACACCACAUCCACCUGGUGAUGUAUCGGCGCCUGGCCCUGCUGCGCUGGAUCCGCGGCCUCCAGCAGAAAGUGGUGGACCAGCAGAGCCGGCUGCAGGAGAGCUUCGACACCAUCCUGGACAACCGCAAAGAGCUCCUCCGGUACAUCCAGCAGGGCGUGGUGUGCCCCAAAGCACCGGCUCAUGCUGGCCUGUGAAAGAUGCUCAUCUCCCAUCUGUCACAGUUCAGAUCCCUCCCAACCCCCCACCUUACCCAGCUCCAACCAGCAUCCAGGAUUGGGCCCCCCAGAGCUUUGCAGUCAGCUCCCAGGGUCUGCACGGAAGGCUGGCGUGAGAUGCUCUUGCCUUAUGCACCCAGGGAUUUCGUGAAGCAUGAGGACACCAGAUCUGACGAACGCCACGUGGCACAACGCAGCUAGAAGUACGUUCCCGUCCGUUUCGGCACAUGGCUCUAGCUGAGAGCACAAGUAAAAGGUCCGACAUGUGCCCCAGCUAGCGGCUGAGAAGUCAGGGAACAGGAGCGGUUGGUCCCAUUUGAAAUGAGCCUGAUUAAUCCUUUCUCAACCCCACCCUGCAUGCUGCAUAUCCCUUAGCACAAAUCAUUAACCCUUCGCCAGCUGAUCAGCAGCUAGGAUUCACCAGUGUUCCCAAGACCCCAGUCUCACUAGAGAGCUCACCUGAGACCUGGGGUCACUAGUGAAUCGGCAUAGGCCAGUCAGCAAGCUAGUAUCUGAUUAGUUGGCAAGAUGGUUAUUUCUGGGUGGAAUGUUCCCUCAUAACAAUCCCCCUAAGAAUGGUCUUAUCCCUUAUGUCAAUCUACUGACCUCUCUCUGCAUCCAUCCCACGUCCUUAUCGUUCUCUCUGUCCAUCCCAGCUGAGCUGCCUACUCAGAGGUCCAAUGAGUGCCCAGAGGCUCUCAAAUUUCACCCUAAACCCAUAACCAUGUAGUGCUUCGAAGGCGAUCUGUCAGGAACUCCCCAACAGGCUCUGCCAAUGCCUCCUCUCGUCUCUUUCUCCUCCUCCCCCUGCAACCAUCUCAUCGCCCACCCCCCACCCCCACCUUCGCUCUGUGUGACUGCUCCCCCUCUUGCCGGCCAGCACAACUUCACCCGCUGGCUGCAUUGGCUGGAUAGCCGUUCAUCAGGGUCCCCUCUGCAGACAGCUCCCCUUGCUGCUGCUACCGCUGCUGCUUUCCCAUGACCAGGCUCACCCUGCCUGCCUCUUCCAAAGAGUGUUCUCUAGACCCAGCCUGUUGGUUACUACAGCUCUGAACGGGGCACAAUUCUCUUCACAAUCCCGCUUUGCUGAGGCUCAUGAUCUGAGACUGAUCUUUGAAACCCUCCCUAUAAAGCUUUUAGGUUGAAGGUUUCAUUUGGGUUCUAGCCUUCAGAGUUUUCCCUCCCCUUGUUGUUCUAGAAGCCAUGAUAAGAACUGCUGGAAAAAGAGAAUCUUUAUUCGGAGAUUUAAUGGCCAAAAGGGACCAUUGUAACCAUCCAGUUCUAGCCUGACCUGAUGAAUUGCAGGUGACAAAGGUGCUUUGCAGUCAGGUUAUGGUUUGCAUUGCACAGGCUGCAAGUUUCUUAGGGAACUUUUUACCUCACCUCUGUACCAUCUACUACAUUUCCCAUGAAAAACAACACUUAAAUGUGGGGGCGGGGAGAUGUUUGAAAGAGCCCAAAUCAAACCUUGAACCAUGAAGCUCAUGGAAACGCUGGAUUUUCCCUUCUCUAGCUCAGAUGGUAGGGCCUGAAUCGGAGAGCUGAGAUGCCAGAUCAGGCUGUUUUGUUGGUGGAACAUAUAAUUGCAAGUGGUGCAUGCCGCUCCCACAUGUUCAUUGCUGCGACGGGAAUGAGCUCCCGACUACAUUGUGUGUGUCUUGUGUUGACAGCCAAUGCCUUGUAAGAAACAGACUGUGCAUGUCCAGCAAGUGCUGUAAGAAUCGAUGGGUUGCAUAUGCUUGGGGAUUGUAAUCUGCAGCAAAGUGUGAUGUGCUCUGAGUGUAAAAGUCCAUCUGGUGACAAAGGCCCUAGAUUCAGCAAAGCAUUUCAGCUUGAGUUCUUCCCUAUUUGGCAACACACUUAAGCCCAUGCUCACUUUAAGCAUGUGCUCACACUGUAGCUUUUAAGGCCAUCUGACCUCCUUCACAGCACGGCCAGAUAAUUUCACCCAGGGAUUCCUGCAAUAAGCCCGGAACUUCUGUUUGAGCUAGAGCACAUCUUUUAGAAAGAUGUCCAGUCUUGGCUUAAUUCCCACUGACGUCUAGUUACACAUGAGCUUAACUGCUUUGCUGAUUUGAGAUGGGCUGAUGAAUUGGGGUCAAAGAGAGAGACUCAGACUACUAAGAAUUGAGCUCAAAAUGCUUUAAAAUAGGUUCAAGUUUCGUCUAAUAUUUUUUCACAUUCAGUAUUACAAUAUAUUGAUUUAGAUUUUUUAUUUUUUAUAUAUUACAUGCGCACACACACACACACACCUAUCUACCUACAGUAUAUAUUUAAAAACUUAGGUGCCAAAUCAGAAAAAUCCCCUAGUAAUAACCUUUCUCAAAGCUGUGCUCUUCAUGGUCUAUUAAUUUAUUAUAAUAAAGUAAAGAGAAUAACUUUUCUAAUCCAUUUUUUCCAAAGAAAAAUGCACAUACAGAGUAUAAGAAGUGUAAGAGAGAUUAAAAAGAGACCUUUGUGUUUAUUUGGUAUAUUUUCUUAAAAGUGAAUUUGCUCCAUAUUCUAUUAUUCUAUUUAUUGUACUGUAUUAGGGGAGGCAGUGUGGUUUAGUGGCAAGAGCAGAGGCCUAGGAGUCAAGAGACCUAGAUUCUGUUCCCACCUUUGCCACUGACCUGCUGAGUGACAUUGGGCGUGUCACUUCACCUCUCUGUGCCUCAGUUUUCCCAUCUGCAAAAUGGGUGUAAUGGUACUUAACCCAACAGAGUGCUCUGAGAUGGACAGAUAGAUUAAAAUGGCUAUAUAAGUACUAUGUAUUAUUAUUAUUAUUAGAUUAUAUUCCAUGCUUGCUGCACCUUCACAAAGCUGCAGUUGAUGCCUGCAAUAACUUCCAUUUUGCACCACGUUUCUUCAUAUCUUCCAGUAAGCGGAAGCGAGGACACGGUCCCAUAGCCCUCACUCACUUGUGUAGUUCCAGGAAAGUCAACAAGACGAGGCACGUGACUAAGGCUUGCUCAUGGGGGAAGGGGUUGGAGCAGUCAAAGCUGUGAUGCUGACCCUGCAAUCUUUAGACUGCAAGCUCUGCCUUCCUGUUAUACAGCUCUUCAGCACCUAACACAACAGGGCCCCAAUUCUUGACUGGAACCUCUAGGUGCUCCCACAAUAUAAAUUACCAGUAACUGAGUCAGUGGAGACUGCAGGGUCAGGUCCUGUAGAGAGCAGGGAAGCCCCAUUGCUGUAAUAAUGAAACACCUGUAGCCUGGGUUUUGGGAUAAGAUGAGCUAAAAUGGGCGACUGUCUUUAAGAAUCAGUUUUUAAAGAGGUAGCAUUCAAAAUGCAAGAAGGCGACCAGAUCUUGUCCUGGCAUCACAGAAGAAAACCUGCAACAGAUUUCUCGCCAUCUGCCUCCUGGCCAGGAGGACUCCAGACUCUUUGUGAGGAGAAGCACCUUGCUGCUUAAAGACCAUCACUGCUUUCAUGUUUGCUUCUAUUCAAGGGCCUGCUGGCUGUUGUCUGUAUCACUGACAUGACAUAUUAAUAA